UCCUAACUUUGGACAGUAUGCAAACACAACAACUUUUAGUUAAAAUAAUUUUAGCAAUUUUAAAAUCAGCAAAACUUGUAUUAGAAUUAAAUAAAAAUGAGGAAGAUAAAGAAGAAAAUCAUAGAAAUAAUAAUAGAGUGCUCGAAAAUGGACACCUUUUAACUCCAAACAAUUCUUUCAAGGGUGGCGAAGGAGUUGGGGGAAUUUUUGAUCCAUCAAAUUCUUUAGUUUUUGCGUUGCUUGAGUCAAUUAUGUGUAUACUUGCUCGACAGAUUCCUCAAGUUAAUUUACCUCAAGCGAAAGUUCGCAUCUUGACACCCUUGCAAACAAGAAAGUGUGGACAUCUUUCUACUGAAAGUGAUGAAUUAAUUCAUUCUACAGUGGAUUUACUUCCUCAAUUGACUUCUUUUUGUUGUACAGAUGGUUUAAUGGUUAUUUUACCUUCACUACUUAAUUUAUUGUUUGGCAUUCUUCGAGAAUGUUCUUCUCAAGAAGAUGAUAAUCAACAACAAUCCAAAGCUAUUAGUUCUGCUAUUUUGGUGAAUAAAUUAAUUUUUCAUUUUCAUACGCUAGACCUUAUUAUAAGAUACUCUAUUGAGACUGAAAAAGCAUAACUUAUAAUGAGAUUUUUCUUAAAUAGAGGGUAGAGCUGUCCGAGACUGAAAAUUUUCCAAGACUAAACUCCAAGACUAGACUCCAAGACAAGACCAAAAAUUAACAAGACUCGAAUAAUUUUUGGUCUCUAAAGCAAAUUUUUUGCUUAUUUUCAUACCUUAGCCUCGAGGUCCUCCUCGCUAUGGCCCUGCUCUAGAAACCAACUUUAAAAACCUUACCCUGAAUUUGAGGUUAUCUGUUUCAUUGUACUUUUAUAGGGAGAUCUGACUUUAAAAUCUAUUUAAAAAAAUUUUUUUUUGUUCAUUACCAGGCAUUAAAGAAACUUUGUUCUGAAUGCCCUCAUCCAACAAAAGAACAAAAAUUAUUUGAAGCAUGGGAAUCGAUAAUUCGAAGUGGCCUUCUUUCUCUGCUUAAUUUUGCUA